CAUAACUCAACACGAGUAGGCAGUGCUGUCUGCUGUCUACCAUCACAGUAGAAAACAAAAAUAUAACCAAAAUAAAGUGUCAACUAUCAUUAUCUUACAUUUGUCAUUUGUACGGAAUUUAUCUGAUUAUUGAUAUGGAAAGUUUAACUUCAAAAGAAAUUAAACCGAUAAAUAAAGAAGCUGUACAUCGAAUUUGUUCAGGCCAGGUUGUUCUCAACUUGGCUGUCGCAGUCAAAGAAUUAGUGGAGAAUAGUUUGGAUGCUGGUGCCACGAUUAUUGAUGUCAGGCUACGAGAAUAUGGAAGUGAACUGAUUGAGGUCACUGACAACGGAAGUGGAGUUGAGCCCAACAACUUCCAAGGGCUUACUUUAAAACAUCACACGUCGAAGCUGCAAGACUUCUCAGACUUGGUGAGUGUGGAAACAUUUGGUUUUCGAGGCGAAGCUCUCAGUUCGCUGUGUUCACUCAGUGACUUGAUUGUAACAACCAGACAUGUCUCUAGCGACUGCGGUAGUCGGCUAGUGUUCGAUCACAACGGGAUCAUCACUACCUGUGCCCCCGUGGCUCGGCAGGUUGGAACGACAGUUACUCUUGAGAAUAUAUUCAGUACACUGCCAGUCAGACAGAAGGAAUUUCACAGAAACCUCAAGCGUGAAUUUGUAAAAAUGACCCAACUGUUGUACGCCUACUGUCUUGUGUCUACUGGAGUCAAAAUCACAUGUACAAACCAAACAAAGAAGGGAGGUCGGAUGACUGUGGCGGCCACUCAGGGGUGUAAUAGUGUCCGGGACAACAUUGCGUGUGUGUUUGGCAUGAAACAGUUGGCCAGCCUGCUAGAGAUGAAGACAGUGUUGCCAACCACUGAAAUGCUGGAGCAGCUGAGCUUGAAGGAUGUGGACUUAUCACAGUCAGUAUUUGAGAUGGAAGGAUUCAUCUCCUCAUGUGCACAUGGCCAAGGUCGCAGCACCAAUGAUCGCCAAUUCUACUACGUCAACUCUCGCCCCUGUGAGCCUACUAAAGUUACGAAGGCAGUAAAUGAAGUGUUCCACCAGUACAAUAUGCACCAGCAGCCGUUUGUUUUCUUGAACAUCCGAAGUGCGCGAGACUCAGUGGACGUGAAUGUCACUCCAGACAAACGUCAAGUUUUCCUAGAACAUGAGAAACUGCUCAUUGCGACUGUCAAGGCAUCUCUUCAAUCUCUGUAUGAAAACAUACCAUCAACAUAUAAUGUGAACAACUUACCAUCACCGACAAGUAAGCCUAAUGUACUUCCUUCCCCCACAUGUAAGACAAGUCCGGCUGCCAUGUUGAGUCAGUGGCGCCACAACACUGCAGCUAAACGUCCCGCCUCUGAACAGGCUUCUCCCAAAUUACCUAAACAAGUGAAACUAGAUUCAGUAUUUACAAAAAAAGAAAAAUCUGCAGGUCUUUUAAGUGGAUUUUCCACAAUUUCAAAUUCCACUUUGAAUGAAGACAGAGAUCCCAAAGUAACGUUAGAACAUAAUCAAGUCCAGUCAAUAAAUCAUGAAUUCAGUGACCAUGUAGAACAAAUAAGUCCUACUAAACAUUUCAAUAUUGUAGAACAUAGUGUAAGUGAAAAAGGAAAUACAAAUUCAACGGAAAACUCCUUAUCAAUGAAGAACUCUUCAAGAAAUGAGCCAGAAAAUGAUAUUGGUAUGGUUUCCUGUAAAUAUAAUUCAAAAUCUCCCUUAGUAACAAAUGAAGUAGAACAUGAUAGUCAAUCAAGUCGGCAUUCUUCAUCAAGUGAAUUAAGUAUAUUGACAAGUCAAUCUUCUGAGUAUGAAAAAUCAAAUCAUUUAACUCCAGUCAAUACUCCCUAUCCUACUCAAUCAUCAGUAAGUAAUUCAUCAGAGAUUUCUUUAAAAGAAGAUCCAAGAAGUGAUAUUACACAUGCCUCUCCUAUUUCAAAACUGGUAUCUGAAACAAAGAUUGCAACAGAUUCAUCAAAUCAGUUUCUAUCAUCAAAUAAGCCUAGACUGUUUUGUGAAGAUCCUGAUGUCAAAAGUGUUUCUUCAAGAGCUGAACUAGAUGUGACUGUGAGUGCACAGAACAAUGUAGAUUCUGAAGAUUUCAACCGCAACAGAAGCAGUGUGGAAGUAUCACUGACAAUGGAGGAUCUGAGAAAACGUGUGAAGCAACUGUGUGACGAAGAAGAUGGUAAAGAAGACUCAACAGUGAAGUUUCGUGCAGUCAUUGAUCCCUCAAGGAACAAGCAAGCAGAAGAAGAGUUGAGUAGAGAAAUCUCUAAGGAUAUGUUUCUUAAGAUGGAGGUUGUGGGCCAAUUUAAUCUUGGAUUCAUUAUCGCCAAGCUUCACUCUGAUCUGUUCAUUAUCGAUCAACAUGCCACUGACGAGAAGUACAACUUUGAGACUCUGCAGCGUACCACCACCAUCUCCAACCAGAAACUUGUUGUACCCCAACAGCUAGAGUUAACUGCUGUAAACGAAUCCAUCCUGAUAGACAGUAUCGAUGUGUUCAAAGCAAACGGCUUUGAGUUCAAAAUAGAUGAAAAUGCACCAACUACAAAGAAAGUGAAGCUGACCUCUAUUCCAAUGAGUAAGAACUGGACUUUUGGUAAAGACGACAUUGACGAACUGCUGUUCAUGUUGCAGGAUUCCCCAAACACGUUGUGUCGCCCAUCGCGUGUGAGAGCGAUGUUCGCGUCGCGCGCCUGUCGCAAAUCAGUCAUGAUCGGGACUGCACUGAGUCACUCGGAGAUGAAACGCCUCAUCGUUCACAUGGGAGAGAUCGAGCAACCAUGGAACUGUCCUCAUGGUCGUCCCACUAUGCGACAUCUCAUAAACCUAGCCUUUCUGUGACUGUGUGUGAUUACUUCCGAUCUACAACAUCAAAGUUCAUGAUUGACUUGCAUGCUUGUGCAAAAAGCACACACAAAAGUACUACUUGACCAAAAUUGUUUUUAAGAUGCCAAAAUUUAGAGUGGUAUUGCAUAAUAAUUUACAUACUUUUUUUAAACCUUAACUGGUUUAGUUUAGUGUACUCUUUUUAAAUUAUGAGGAAUAGACAGAAAGUAAGUUCCAUAUAAUGUGACAUUCAUUAUUGUGGGUUUACAAUUUUGCCCGUACAAUGCAGUAGUAUUUUUGUGUUAAAGAGGGUGACACAAUUUGUAUGAUGGGCUGGUAUUCAGUCAAAUUAAUACUGAAUUCAAUACUAAUUGAAAAUACUUACCUCGUUGAAAAUAUUGAUUGAGUAUUAAAUAUCUUUUCUUCAAUACUUAUAUAUUGAUAAAUAAAUAAAAAUUAUUUCAUUUUAUUUUGAAAAUUUUUAAUCCUCUUUCCAAUGUAUUAACUGCUGAAAAAAGCUAAAAAACUGUGCUAUAAAAACUUUGUCUUAAAAAUGUAACAUUUAAUUUGCUGACUUCCUUACAAGCAGUGGUAUAUUUAAAUUAAAAAUAUACAAGUAUACAAACAAAAUAUGUAAAAAUAACAAAUAUUUAAUUAAUGCAAACCUGGCAGUUUGCUAUUUAGUUCUGAUUUUGUAUAUACACUUGUUUGUCCAUUGUAAGAUAAG